CCAAACUUCGUGUCGAGUUUCCGUUCUGUAACAAAAACCUUUACUACCGCACCGUAAGGUACUACUGUUGAUUACAUUUUGUUCCGUAACUUGAUCCUAGGCUACUGCUCCGUCCAGCAACCUUGAUGGCGCAUAUACUGGCCGAGUUUUGAGCCCAGAGGAGAAUGCAGCAACCGACCGACCAGGGAGCCCGGACAACUGGGAAAAAAGGAAAGGAAAAGAAGGAAGUGCCCCAAACUAGUGAUGUAUUUGAACCGACCAAAGAGUGGAGCGGAACAGGCAACGUUGCUGUGACAAUCUACAAAGAAAAUGCUACUGCACAGGAGGUCGGUGCUCGGUGGCACUGGCUGCAGGACAGUGUUCUGGGGCAGUUCUUGGUCUCGGAGCGCCUGGCCGUAACAAACCUGACCUUACUGAAGGUGCUGCUGUGGUUGGUGCUAUUGGGUCUGUUUGUAGAGCUGGAGUUUGGCCUAGUGUUCUUCGUACUGUCCCUGUUUUACUGGCUGUAUGAGGGCAUGCGUGACUCUUCACAGAGACUUAGCGGGGAGCCCAGCGCCUACUCUGUCUUCAACCCAGGAUGCCAGGCCAUCCAGGGCACGCUGACUGCAGGGCAGUUUGAGCUUGGCUACAGACCUCUUGCCAACAGAUAACCACCAGCAAGCAGAUGCCAGACUGAACCAGUCAACUGUACUGGGUUCAACACUAGGGACUUUUGUUAUGCAUUAAUGGACAGUUGCCAAAAAAAAAAAAAACACCUGACACAAAGGCCAAAAAUACUACAUUUUCAAAAGACAGUUGUAAGUAUGGUGCUUAUUUAUUUGUAUACCUCUUGGAGAUGUUUAUUAAAUUAAAAUUGCUUUAACAAGUUUAACUCUUGUCAGAUAAUACAUUUGUUAAAUCUUGCAGUAGCUCAUUCAUACAAACAGAUGGCAAUUCACUACAGUUCAUGUGUAUGCUAUUUCUAUAGGGUUUAAAUAUUAAACAUGUAGCUUUUUAUUGAUUACGAAAUUUUCUGUGUUCUGUAGUAAAGUAAUUAGAAAGUGACAGUCUUCAGGAACCACAACUAACUGUAUUUCACUGUGCACAGCUCUCAGAUGAUGGUACUGCACAGCACAAUGCUUGUUUUUCUACAUUCCCCAUCCAGACCUGCUAUUCAGCUCGUGGUGACUUUGUGACCAGUACGUUAUAUCACAACAACUGGGCCAGUCAUAUGAUAAGACUCUUGACCCUCAGUGACUGUGAACACAGGGGACAAGGAUUUAAUUUUACCGGAGUCUUACGAGUUUAAUAAAUGUGACAGUCUGGCUCGGAUGAUAUUGUCAGUAUUGUACAUCUGUCAUCAUUUCUGAUUGCAUUCAGACUCUGCUCAUGUGAAUCUGAAUUUAUCUGACAUCAUUGUAAUUGUUUCAAAUCAGAUUUGAACAUGCAUUUUAUUUAUUACAGAAUUAGCCAUUCUUUACCCAUUCCACUUGUGUCAAAUCCGUAAAUUGAGCAUUUGGCUCAUUAAAAUUCAGUAAAGCAAUUUGAGUGCUUUGUGGCUGUGAAAUACAUGUCGUUUUUAGUUCAGCUUGUUUUUGUUCUUGUAUGGGGUGUGAGAGAUGAAGCAAAAGAGCUGAUAAGAGAGCUCUAAUAUCUGGUAAGGUUUCCUUUACUUGACACACUAGUUUCUGUUUCCAUUAUAUAAACUAAUGUCUUGACAGAGUAAGAAAAAAAGUAUAUAUAUAUAUAUAUAUAUAUAUAUAUAUAUAUAUAUAUAUAUAUAUAUAUAUGAUUUAUAAAAAAUAGCACCAACACUGUAGCCAGAAUGUUCGCGUUCGACAUGUGCUUCCCCUGCAUAUGAAAAACUGAGAUGUAAUAAGUAAUAACAUUAACAUGUACCUUUCAUUUCCUGUUCUGCCUCCUUUUUAUUUAUUGUUUUUGGUAUAUUGCUGUCGAGAAGAUGAUGUUUUUCUUGACAUUAUAAAGGCAAUUAAUUAGCAGCUGUGUGUGUUGUUGCACAUGCAUUGCUCGCCAGAUAUCUAAACGCCUCUCUUCUCGUCCUACAUCCCUUGUCUGCUCACCUAAUGGUGUCAGCAAACAGCAGCAUGAGUAUUACAGGCUCAAUUUGCCUCACAGCUGACCUCAGGGGCUAGGAGAGCAUGAGCAUGAUUCAUCUUAAUAUUUGUCCAUCACUGGGAGAAGGCAGGAUGAAGCGAUAUGAUUGGUACAUUCUGUUGCUUGUCCUUUACGCCUGCACUGUCAAGUGGGAGUAUUUGAAUACUGAAAUGUUCUUUGUAUUGCUCUAAUCCGUGCUUGGAAAGAGGAUUCCUGCAAACUUGUUACCAUGUAAACUUUAAGAUGUCUGGUUGUAACUUUGCAAUUCAGAGUUUUUACCUUCAAUAAACUAUACUUAUCUGGACUCUCAAAGAAGAAGCCCGUGA